AUGCGCCGGCGCCGCUCGCCACAGCUCUCUGCAGUGCGGACUUGGGGCGGGGGUGCUGUGGCGCUGGAGCACAGACCCUUCGCGUCGCCUGGGAGACAGCUGGUCCAUUGGCGCAUGAGGAUCACACGACAAGUCUGUUGCCUAGGCCUUGGACAGAGAGAUGAAGACAAAUAUGGAUCUAUAAGCAAAAGAUUUCUUCUAAGGGUGAUGAGUAAGAACCUGUUCCAAGGCAAAGAGAACUACUUUGAGUUGGACUUCGGGAUUACCAAACUGAGAGACAAUGCUUCUGUUGCUUUAGCUACUCUUUUAGUUACUGUUGAAUUGCUAUGUGCUCAACCACUGCACCCUCACCUGGCCCAUUACCACGCCCCGCCUCGACUUCAUCACCUACAGUUAGGAGCACUUCCCUUAAUGGUCCCUGACAUGGCAGGCUAUCCUCACAUCCGUUACAUUUCUUCAGGAUUGGAUGGAACAUCAUUCAGAGGUCCUUUCAGGGGCAAUUUUGAGGAAUUGAUUCAUCUGGAAGAAAGAUUAGGAAAUGUCAAUCGUGGAGCCUCCCAGGGAACAAUUGAAAGAUGCACAUAUCCACAUAAAUACAAAAAGAGGAAACUGCACUGCAAACAAGAUGGGGAAGAAGGGACUGAGGAAGACACAGAGGAAAAAUGUACUAUCUGUUUGUCUAUUUUAGAGGAAGGUGAAGAUGUGAGACGGCUUCCGUGUAUGCACCUUUUUCACCAAGUGUGUGUUGAUCAGUGGCUGAUCACCAAUAAGAAGUGCCCUAUAUGCAGAGUGGACAUCGAGGCCCAGCUGCCAAGCGAAAGUUGACAUUGUGUUUCAGAACUCUUGCUGUCCCUCUCAUUCCCAUCCUUCCUGGUACUGCAGUCAACCAAAGAUGGCAUGACUUACCUGCGCAGGUCUGGAAGCCUUGAACUUGGAGUGCUGACUCUGCUACAUGGUACAGCUACCGCUAGACCUACAACUUAUGUACACAGUUGAUUUCGAUGUAUUUAUAAAAGCUUUUGUGUUUUUUUCUAGAUUUGACAUUACUUCCUGUAUCAUUUUACUGUAUUUUUGCAUGAUUCCUUGUAUUGCAUUUCUUUGCACAUAUUAUGGGCUUGUGACCCUAAACUUGCAGGCAAGAUUAGCUGCUUUAGUAAGUAGUAUUUUGUGGUCUUUUUGGUUUUGUUUUGUUUUUUGUUUUUUGUUUUUGUUUUUUUUACAUAGUACCUUGAAAAUUAUGAAUUUGUUUUUAUCCAUUACUAACCUUUAAUUUAAUCAAUCAUGUACUUUAGUUUAAUGUAUAAAGAUCCUCUAGGAAAUGAUAAUAUUGUGUAUUAAGACAUUCCUUCAUUAAAUUAGGACAAAAUGGCUGCUGUAUAUUUACAAUAUGGAGUUCUGAGUUAAGUACCACCCUUAAUACUGGGAACAGAAUGUAACCCAUGUCAAUCAGAUGCAGGUGGUACUCACACGACCAGAGUGAUCAAUAGGAAUUUUCUUGGUGUAUCCUUUCUUCCAGCACAGUGCAAGAUAGAGUUGCUGUUGAUGCCGUAUGUUUAGACUGCUGUUCCGACCCUAUUUAUCUUCUCUCUGCCAUUUGGAACUUUAUUCCCUAACCCAGGUUUUGCUGCUGUGAAACAGCGUUGAUGAACACUAAAUAUUAAUUUGAGAUAGCUGGAUUGUAUAUACUUGCAGAUUUAAAAAAAUAGGGAAAUUGAAAAAGACAUGUAGAAUUUUGUUAGGUCUUCUGCUAAGCACGAAUAAGAUAUCUGCUUACAUUAAUUUUAUAAAGUCAUUCAGUCAGAAUUUAGGAUUCAGUCAUUGGCAGGUAUCUAUGCAUUCGUAGAACUUCUAAGGGUCCCAGGAUCACUUUUAAGGGAUUUUUUUUUAUAGUUUAAAUAAAGUCAGCUGAAUCUAAAAAAAAAAAA